AUGUCGCACGGGUGGGCGGCGGAGCCCAUGUUAGAGCCUCAAUACGGUCGCAGGCGGGCGCCGCCGAUGGAUCCUGCGAGCAAUGCGGCCUACACACACAGUCGCACAAGGACGACCUCGUCAAAUACCUUCCCAGCGCCUGUGCAGGGGCAGUUCCAGCCGAGCCCUUACCAGCCACCGAUGCAUCUCGCCCAACCCCCAGCGAACCAUCAGCGUCGCUCACCGAGCGUUAACACAUUUAGCACGGUCUCCAGCGGCGGGAUGGCACCACCGGCGGCGUACAGAACAUCCCCGACAUUAGAUAUCAGGAGAUCCACCUCGAGCCGCUCCGCCGGCACCCCCGGCUCCCCACAACCCGGCGGUUACGUCGCUCUCCUCAGGAAACAAAAGGCCACCGUGUGGUGUGAACGCGCGCAGUACGAGGACCCGAGGUUAUUGGCCCAGCAACGAGCAGCAAAAAAGCGGGCAAACCUGGAGAUUGUGGGGGCGGGAAGUGGCCUGGGUAUCGGCCCCGUGGGUGCAGGGCGCACUUCUACCGGGCUUAGCUCUACCGGCGGGAAAGUCGCGGCCAAGAUCCGGCAUCACGGCAAGCCAACCGUCAUCGGCUACUCACCAGGGAACCUCAACGGCGUUAGUGGCGUCCCUCUGCGACUCAGCGCGACCGAGGUGGAGGGCGAGGAGAGCGAGGACGACGACCCCGUUCAGCGAAUGCACCACCGGAGGACUGGGAGCUCCGGGCGGAACAGCACCUCCAGCGCCAGGCGAGCGAUGGCGUAUCGCUCGUCCGGAGGCCUCGGACCCGCCGGUGGAGCCGCGCGGUGGAGCCCAGGCGGCACCCCUGAGCGGACCGGGUCCUUGGUCCAGGAGAAGCAGGGCGAGCCGCCACUUGCGGGCGGAGGGGACGACGCUGGCAGCGGGAAGGCGAGGAGCUUCGGCAGCGGCAGCAGCGGCGAGCGGCUGGACAAUGUCCCGGAGCUGUCUGGCGCUUCGGCCCAUUUGGCGACCAACAGCAUGAAGCAUGCGACGGUGACGCGCGAAAAAAGCGUCAAGAGCGUGGACGACCUCAAGCGGAGAGGCAGUGUGGACGAGCGGACCAUGACUCUUACCGCCGGCCGGCUGUACAUUGCGAACCCGGACUGA